AUGACGGCUCUUCGAGGGCUACGAGGAAGGCAUCAUCAAUCAUCAUCAUCAACAGCCUAUACUAGUCCACUGCUGGACAUAGGCCUCUCCUUAGAAAGGAGGUUUUGGCCUACUAUACCACGCUGGCCAGACGGGAGGGUUCCGGACACAGUGUCUGGGGAAUCCCUCCCGGAGCCAAACGGCUCCGGCAGCUCCCAGUCGUAUUCUGGGGGGAGCACCAAAUGUCGAACCUGCCCGUCGCCGAGCAGUAAAUCCGGCGACGUUAUCGCGGAGGACGCGAAAAACCUGGAGGUAGUGUCGAACACCGACACUGCCUCGGAGAGGAGCGGAGCGAGUACCCCUAUGGUCUCAGCUGCGGAGCAGCACCAGAAGGGUACUCCAAAGCGCAAAAGGCGCUCGCUUCGCCUGGGCCUGAAGAGGCAAUUGGAGACGGCCUCGAGCGACGAAGCCACGGCUCCCAAAGUCGGCACAAGCCGCAGAGGCGCUCGCGGCGGAGGCCGACUCCCCAAAAUCAGGGUGGCCCAAACGAAGGUGGCGGUCCAGUCCGCGGCGCUGGGAGGAGCCGAAGAGGAGGGUCUGGGACGGAGAAGACAGGAGAGGGUCGCGUCCGAGAUGUCGACCACUGAUGUGGGGGGUGGGGGUGGGGGUGCUGGCCUCGAUGAGCUGCGAGGCAAAACCGGCAACCCCGUCGACCGGAUCGAGGAGGCAAUCGGCGCGGCCGAUUGCUUGCUUCAGACGUCCGGGGUGGCCGGGGGCCCCCAACAGGAGGCUCUGGUAGCGGUCGUGCGCUCCAUAAUCGAGGCGGGCAGACUCCUUGUGGCCGAGAGCAAGGCCCACGCUAGGGAGAGAGCCCGCCUCGAGGCAGAUCUCGCCAAGGCUCGUGCCCACGCUGGUGCCACACCAGCGCCUUCGGCACCGUUGGCACUGUCCGCCCCGGAGCCGGACUUAGUCCGACUCGUGGCGGAGAUGGAGGAGCGUAUAAUGAGGCGCAUCUCUGCAAUAGAGAGCGCCCGUUGUCGCCCACCUCUGGCUCCGCUAAAGGCGACAUAUGCGGCCGCUGCCAAGGUGGCCCCCCUCCAAGCCCCAGUCUCGGCCCUGGCUGACACCGCACAGCGCCCGUUGGAGCGGGGCUGGACGGUAGCCGGGGAGAGUAAGAAGAGGCGGAAGGCCACCAAAAAAGCGGCCAAGAAGGCGAGGAGGGACGCCGCCGCCGCUGCGAAGGGAGCGCCGAGGAAGCUCCGCGCCCCUCGCUCCUCGGCCGUCGUUAUCACUUUGACGGCGGAGGCAGCGGAGAGGGGCGUGGGGUACGCCGAGGUCUUGACGAAAGUCAAGGCCAACGUGGACCUCAAAGCCCUCGAGAUUCCGGGCGUCCGGUGUAAAAACACACGGACGGGAGCCCGGCUCCUCGAGGUCGCCGGCGCUACCAGUGGCCCCAAAGCUGUCGCUCUAGCGGCUAAGCUGAGGGAGUCACUGGACUCUGUCACGGCGGACGAGCUCAGACUCGCCGUGGCAGAGACGGGAAGCUGCCCUCUGGACAGCGUGAAGGCCGGAGCAAUACGCUUCGGUCCCGGUGGACAGGGGGCAGCGGUUGUCAGCUGCCCCAUCGCGGCGGCCCAGAAGGUUGCCGAUGGACGGAGCCUCCUGUUCGGUGGUUUCCUGAGGGCGCAGGCACGACUCCUGCAGGCCCGGCCGGCAAGGUGCUUCAGGUGCCUGUCGGUGGGGCACGUAGGGGUGCACUGCACGGCGGAGGCCACUGUAGGUGACCGAUGCUUCCGCUGUGGCCAGCCCGGUCACAAGGCGGGUGGCUGCAACGCUCCGCUGCGUUGCUUUAGGUGCGCAGCGGGGGGCAAGCCUGCCGACCACCGGGUUGGUAGUAAGGCCUGUGCCCUAUCACGACCGAAGCCGGGAGGCCGACCUUCCGCCUCCGGGCCGCUGAUCCAGACGGGGAGUGCCGCUGGACAGCCGCAAAGUUCGCUGCGCGGAUGUUUCGGAGAUCACCUGUGUCUGAUCCGCAAGGAGCCAACGCCUGAGUGCCACCACUGCGAUGGCCAGACCGUGGACACGGCUCUCCACACGCUGGCAGAGUGCCCGGCGUGGGUUGAGCAGAGGAGAGACCUCGUGGCGGCCAUCGGAGUGGGAAUUCUCUCGCUCGAUAACCUGAUUGCGGCUAUCGUGCGGAGCGAGAGUGCGUGGAACUCUGCCGUCUCCUUCUACGAGCAAGUUAUGCUCGCGAAGGAGACGGCGGAGCGGGACCGGGAGAGGUUUAGAACUCUCCCGGCCCGCCAGGCCCGGGCACGGGCCAGGUACCGCAGGCGACUCAGGCGCCGGAGGUCGCAGAAAGACCUCCGUCCUCCAUAA